CCUGAAUGUACAUCUCAGAAGAGGCGGUGAAUAGGAAGGGGAGGGUGUGGACCCAGCAGGUUAGGUGAGCGUCUCAGGUGAAACUCGAACUAAGAAUUCAUUCCACCUGCCGACACCUGUAACACUUCAUUACCACAUCCCAGCAGAUCCAGUAUACCUGCCAGGAUCUCUCUUCCCACGCUCGGCCGUACACCCCAGAUAUUGCCUCUGACCUUGGGAAUGGGAUAUCUACCGUCUCUCUGCCUUUUGCUGGUCCUUCUGGGAGCAGUGGACUUUGGCUCCUGCCAAGUUAACAGCCGCAUUGUUGGAGGUGAAGAUGCAGCUCCAGGAGACUGGCCUUGGCAGGUCAGCAUAUGGUAUAAUAAUGAUCAUGCAUGUGGGGGCUCCGUGAUUGCCAACAAAUGGGUCCUGAGUGCAGCACACUGCUUUCCUUUGGACCACUCUUGGUCGGAUUACGAAGUCAAGGCAGGAGCUUUCCAAAUUGGAGUCCCUGAGCAAUCCGUGCAGUCUAGUAAGAUAGACAAUGUCAAGAUCCAAUCUCAAUACUCGCAGGACUCUAGCUCCUCUGCUGACCUGGCCCUGGUCUCUCUGGUUACAGCAUUGACUUUCAACAACUACAUCAAACCUGUUUAUCUGCCAUCAGCAAACACACAGUUUCCAGUGGGCAUGAAAUGCAAAGUGACUGGAUGGGGCAAUAUUCGUCAAGGAGAAUCUCUCCAUGGUUCAAAAACUCUGCAGGUCGGACAGGUGACACUCAUUGGUAGGAAUACAUGCAAUUGUCUAUACCACAUCAAACCGACUGCCACCACCUUGGGCUCCAUUGAACAAGACAUGCUAUGUGCAGGAUCUGCAGCAGGAUCAGUGGAUGCCUGUCAGGGGGACUCUGGUGGACCGCUGUCCUGCCCAGCAAAUAACAAGUGGUACCAAGUAGGUGUUGUCAGCUGGGGUGAUGAAUGUGGAGCCCCGAACAGACCUGGUGUCUACAUCAUGACCAGCACGUAUGCCAAUUGGAUCAAAGGAAUAGUGCCAGAAGCACAGAUAGAGGAUGUCUCUGUGGAUUACCCAUCACAGCCAGAGAAUGACAGUGGAUGUACAGGGGCUGAUGGUGUCUUUUACCCUAAUGGAGCACCAAUCUACCUCCUGACCUUUGCCACGCUCCCGCUGUACUGGCUGACUACAUAUCUGCUCACCAACUGCUAGGACUCUUCCAUUGGCUGCUCUUAAAACUCAGCCGCACAAAAAGACAUUAAAGCCACAGCAACACUAAUGGGCAGCCUUUAACCUCAACCUGGAGCACACUGUUCUACCCAUGGUUGGCUUGUACAAAUUGUUUUUACCAUGUUGCGUCUGAUUUUGUAAAAUUGCCCCAAAUAUUUUCCACUCCAGCAUCUUUGACACCAAUAUCUCUCAAUCCUAAAUUGCAAUGAGAGCCUUGCACUAUUAUUACGGUUAGAUGGAGCCACAGAACAGUUUUUCCAAUGGCAUUGGUAUGUAAAAGAAGCAGAACUGAGACUUACAAAUGUGCCUGCAACACAUUACCUGACAUUAAUCUGUUUAUGGCAUUUGAUGAGAGAGCAUGUUCUGUUUUCACUUGCUUUAAAAUAAACUACUAGCCCGGUAAUCGGAACAUUCAUCUAGCGUGCUAUAUUGCAGGAAGGUGUACUUGUAUAUCUAAUAAAAAGAAAGCGUGUUCUGCUUUAGAGAGAGAUUAAACAUUCAUAACAUAUGAAAAUCAACAUUUGUCGUUUUCUAAAUCAUUAAAUAACGUUCAAUGGACUUUGUGUUCCGUUUAAAUAAAAAAAUAUUUUAUUAUGUAAGAAACAUUUCUACACCUUGUAAACACUAAUAAAAGGUUUAUUAACCUAA